CUUUUUUCUUCUUUUUUCGCCUUUCUCCCUUAAACCGAAUCUAGGCGCAGGUGGUUCAGGUACCUGUAAUGCUGCCUAGCGCCACAAUGCGGGGCGCCACCUAGCGUUGUGUUGGAGGAUGUACACGUCCCCAGGUCAACCAUUUACCAGUAAACUCCCCAGUGCCACCCUACGUCGCCGCGACGCGUUCCCGAGUCUCAUGACGAGCCACCCGUAAUCCGUAGCAACUCAUUAUCGAGGUCAUGGUUAGAUCCGGAUAGAUAGGGCGCAUCUGACCCAGGCGGACCAUGCCAUGACGAACGACCGAUCUGCAGGCCUCUAUCCGCGAUACUGCCUUCACCUCUCCCCAACCUUUAACACAUGGUGCCUCCUGUACGCAUCCGACAUCCACGCCCUGGAAUCCGUGCCCGAAUAUGAAGUCCAGAAUUUCUAUUUUCACAAGAACCUACCUAUCAAAUGGGCGCGCAUCGUCGGCAUUGUAGUUGCCAUCGAUGACUUCUCGGGCCGGCGCAUCUACACGGUUGACGACAGCAGCGGGGCCUGCAUUGAAUGCGUCGUCGCGCUGAAAACGCCGCCGCCGUCGGACGCGAGUGCUCCGAAACCCGACACGAGAGGAUGGCUCAGCAGCAACAGGCCGCAGCCGCAGCCGCCCGCGGAUUGCGUGGACGUAGACGUGGGCAGCGUCGUCGACGUCAAGGGGGGGCUCGCGACCUUCCGCGAGGAGAUGCAGAUUAAAGUCGAAAAGGUCAGGAUCCUCAAGUCCACGGAGCAGGAGGUGGCGCUAUGGGAACGCCGUACACGGUUCCGGAACGAGGUGCUUCUACAGCCGUGGGUGCUCAGCCAGAAGCAAAUGCAGAAGUGCAAGAAGGAAGAGAUGGGGGGUACCACGGGUGACGAUAGCGAGGAGAAAAGGCGCAAGAAGGAGGAGAGGCGCGCGGAGAGGAAGAAAGUGGAAGAGGAGAUGCGGCAAAAGGCCGAUGCCGUGGCGGCGGCCGCGAAAGAAGACCAAUACCGCGCCUACAAGCUGAGAAAGGAAUCGCAAAGACUGCCGAAGCCUUUGCUGGCUUCUGCAGCUACGGGUCCGACCGUAGAAGAGGAUAGAUACCGUAUCCAUAAGUUGAGGAGGUCCGGGGCCAGGAGCUUCGAUAGAAGAACAGGUGCACCCGGCGGUCUCUUGCGGCAGGUCCUCGAUGACAGCAUCAGGGAAAAGGUCGACGCCUUGGGACGUUGACAGCUGAUGCGGACGGUAUAGGCGUUCUAGAGGUGGCUUUUGUAUUUGAUACCUGAGGGUGAUUCUGAGAUACGUUUCAAACAAUGGUUGUGCUCCAGCCGGUAAUUUCGAAAGCUUCAUUCGGCCCUGUGGCAUCUUUUGCUCUCUCACACAAACACACUUCAUCUUGAUUGUUAUCAUCAUAUUCUUGUUAUCAAGCCAAAUCUUAUUUGCCGAGAAACACGCCAAGAGUCUGACUGACAGGUGACAAACUGGCAAGACCUCGUUGCAUCAAAAUGACUGCCUGCAUAUCAGUAUAGUGGUAUCGUCGCUGAUCAAAUACCGGUAGAGAACCUCUGCAGGCC